GGGAUCAACUUUACUGUACUGUACAGCAAAGCAACUCUCAUACCUCCCAUUACUUACGCUUGCACUAUAAUCUUCAUCCACCAAGUGACACGAAUCACCCACCACAACUCCCUUGCGACACAAACAUCAUCGGCAACAAGACAGCAGAAGAGUCAUAGACUUGACCAAUAGGCUUGUCAGGAGCUAGCAAGGGAACAAGAACAAGUUGUUCUGUUUCUGCGCUGGUUGGUUCCCCCAACCUUGGCCAUGGCAAGACUUUCCAUCUGAUACUAUCUAUCCCUUCUCACCGAUUCCCUUCAUUGCAUCCUCCAUUUCAACUUGCUUUUUUCCGUCUAUCGAGCCAGUCAUGGACAGUCCGAGGGAUAGCGAUAAUAAGUCGCCGUUGUCUUUCAGCCGCACCAGCAGCAAUACCAACGCCAACACCAACACAGAUAUCUCCCAGGAACCUGACAUACUCUCUCAUCCUAAGGCUGCAGAUAUCAUCGAAGCAUGCAAAUGGAGAGACAUUGGCCGUCUCCGGUCACUAGCUGAAGCUCAUGGUGGAUUCCUGUCGGAUACAUUGCGAAGACAAGCAUGGCCCAUCUUACUAGGUCUCGAUGCUCCCUCUGACGAAAAAGAUGACCUUGAUCUUGCAUUGGCUCAAGAAGAUUCCAAUACAUGGAAGCAAUUACCCCGCCAUAGAGAUGAGGAUCAGGUCCAGCUUGACGUCAAUCGCUCGUUCAUCUACUAUCCAGACAACCAAUCGGACGCAGAGCUAAGUCUCCGCAAGUCAGAGCUCUCAUCCCUCAUCACCGAGGUCCUACGCCGUUACCCUUAUCUGUGCUACUUCCAGGGCUAUCACGACAUCUCCCAGGUUCUACUGCUGGUGCUGGCACCAGCAUGGAGAGCUCGUGUUCUCGCGCGCCUAUCCGUCCUGAGGAUACGGGACUUUAUGUUGCCCAGUUUUGGGCCAACAACCGCUCAACUCCGCCUUCUGCCGGACAUUCUCCAUGUUGCUGAUCCCAAGCUCCGACGGCAUCUUGCAGGUGUUGAACCCUUCUACGCUUUAGCGGGAACCCUGACCAUGUAUGCCCACAACAUCGAGACCUAUCAAGACAUCGCCAGACUGUUCGAUGUUUUCCUAGCCCGGGAGCCUGUAUUUACAGUCUACAUGUUUGCGCAGAUCAUUCUUGACCGUCGAAAUGAGAUCUUUGAGAUAGACGAGCCCGAUAUGCUGCACGUCAUUCUGGGCAAGGUCCCACCAAAAAUGGAUCUCGACGAGCUUAUCAUAAAAUCAGUCGCACUCUUUGAGCAGCAUCCUCCUGAGACUCUUCACUACUGGCGACACAUCUCUAAUUUCAGUGCUCUCAAGACAGCCCGGGAUAUCGAAACAUGUGCGAAACAGACCAUGGAAGAGGGCUCGGAGCUUUUUGAGAAGCAGGUCAAUGAACUUCAUUGGCAAGAAGUGCGGAAGCGCGUCAAGUUGGCCCUCUGGCGUUACCGCCGCCCAGUCAAGACCGUUGGUAUGGCUCUUGUUGUGGGAGCCCUGGCUUUCUACCUUCGCCGCAAUCCAAUACUCGUUCAUCGCAUUGCCUCAUUCUUCUCUCGAUAGACACCAAAGUUCCCACCGGCAAGAUGAUUUCUCAGGUAGAUUGCUCAAGGUAGGCAUAUUUGUUAUAAAAGUUGGCAGAUGGAAUGAUUUACCCCACGCUAGAAUGGCAUAGAUAACACUUUGUUUGGUCAAAGCUCUGUUUAGCAAUAAGACCCAUAGAUGACCUUCACCGAGACGCCAUGCAAAGAAAUAUACACAUGGUCACACUCAAGGGAAGACUUGAGAAUGCACUAAUUUCCUGUGAACUAACCCUCCUGUUUCCCAACAAUUUUGUAUCCAGAUGAGGCACUUUUCUAGGACGUCUCUUGGUACUGAGCCUUCAGUUCUUCGAAAUGCUCCUGCUGCUCAUCAGCAAGCUUGCCGUUCGCAUCGCUGAUAAUGGUGAGGAUAAGUGAGUAGUUGUUAUAUAAGAAGCGCCCGCUCUUACGCUUGUCGCCGAAGAGCUCAGCAUGGCGAGUAAGAAAGGUCUCAACUUCGGAGCGCAAGCGGCGCAGGCUGGACACAACAGGUUCAUCAUCGCCAGCGUCGGUGCUGAGGGCCAAUAAGCCGUGUAACAGCUGCCCGAAACGCUGGGUUACAACAUGAGGUGCCGCAGACAGUUUAGCAGCUUCGGCGCGGCUCGGUUUGGCGGGCAUAGCAUUGCUGAGGUGGCGUACAGAAUCGCAGUGACGAUCCAUUAUGACCUGAAGACGGGGCCAUAGGAGCAUGGUCGUGGCAUUGAUGUAGCCGUCCACAGCAGGAACCUUCCGGCGCUGGAGCUCAAAAGCCAAAUGCUGGUUCAACCGGAUACAAAGGAGUAGACCGAGCGCAUCGUAGGUCUCCCCUAUCAGAGUCUUGGAAAGGGUUCUGCCGAGUUCAAAGGUAGCCUCAAAGACAUAGUUAAAGUUCUUUGAAAUCUGGCUAUAGGACAGCGCGGGAGAGAAAAAGGUGGCCAUGAACGUGUAUUCUGCCGUGGCGUUGUCAAUGAGUGCCAGGUUGAAGUUGCGGAAGGGUACUUCGAGGUAGUGAGUUGUUUGGUCUUCCUCGGCGAGAUAUGAGGAGAGCGCGGUUUGGUUGUUGGUUUUCAGAAGAUCAAUGCGUCGGCCAAGGUUAAAUGCAUCAUGAGGAGGCCCUGGUGCCCUGUUGCUGGAAAGAACAGUAGCCUUGCGGGUUGCAUCUUCGUGGCCAAGAGCGUCGUUCUUGUCUAAUAUGUGAAGCCUGAUUUUCCCGAGAGCCUUCUCAUACCGGGAAAACUGGUUAAGGUAGUACCACCGCAUAGUGUUCAUAUAUGCGAGGGCGAUCUCAUUUGCAAGAGUCGGAUGAUGUUUGUGUAGGAAUGUGUAAAGAUCCUUGUAUCGAAGGAAACUUUGUUGCUGAAUAAUUUGGGCAUUAAUAUGCG